UAGUGCCAGUCGGCAGCUGCACAGCCGCAGUCAGGGCUUAAUGAUUAAGCGUUUACUCCCCUCACAGCUCCCCACGCACUCCGGUUCGUUGCCUUGUUUGAAACCUGUAGUGAGUCAACUGAGAGCCUGGGCCUGGUGGACACCGAGGCCAUAUUACUGUUUUUAUCAACUAUCCAGUUCCUCUAAAAGCAGCUUCUUAACCCUCUGCAUGGCCACAGAGCUGCAGCCAAACAGAGAAGCAUGAAAAACUGGAGCACAAAAUUCAAGGGGCAAGAAUAUGGAGGUGAAGACAGGUCUUCUUCUCACAACAAGACCCCCACCAAUCCAUCAGUUCCUGUGUGGGUCACUCACACACCUCCGCCUAACCAUGUGAUGGAUGACAGUGAUGAAGACAGCAUGUCCAUGAGCCGCACAUCCAUUUCUCCAUCUGAUGCUGAAAACAGCAAAAAGAGCAUGAAGUCCAAACUGAGAUCCCUCAUUCCUAAAUCAUUGGGUGGGAUCAUAAAUAAGCAUGCAGGAGAGAGUGAUUCUGAAACCACCAGAACUAGGAUCCAGAUUCUUCCCAAUGGGACCAGGGUGAGCCCCCCGGUGAGUCCCUUCCUGGAGCGCAGGAACUGGGAUGAGUCGUCAGGGAACUCCACCAAAGACUCACAGAAGUCUUUGCUCAGACAAACGCCCCCAGAGUGUUUCUGUCAGAGCCUUCAGGAAGAGUCUCUGCUGACCAGCAUCCACCCUGCAGAGUACUACGCCGCCAAGGUGGAGGUCUAUCAACAGAAGUACUCCUAUUUGAAAUCGUGGCCGGGUUUGCUCAGACUGCUGGCUGGGCUGCAGCUCCUGUUUGGCGGCAUGGCGUCUGCAUGCAUCAUUGCCUACAUACAAAAGGACAGUGAGUGGUUCAACACCUAUGGGCUCUACAGUGGAAUAAACAACAAUGGGCUCGGUUUGUCUGGGUACAGCUACACAGGGCCUAUGACUGCUUUCGUUUUAUCUGUAGCUGGAAUCUCCUGGAUGAUUACUCUGAGUUUGCUAGUGACAGGAAUGACCAUGUAUUAUCGAACCAUCCUCCUGGACUCCUCCUGGUGGCCCCUGACAGAGGCCUUCAUCAACCUGGCCCUGUUCCUGCUUUACAUGGCCGCAGGGAUCGUAUACAUCAAUGACUUGAAUCGAGGGGGGCUGUGUCACAUGACGAUCGGGAUUAACCCCAUCAUGGCCAAUUUGUGUCGAGUUGACGGAGGCCAGAUGGCGGGAACGGCGUUCAUCUUUAUCAAUAUGAUCAUGUACCUGGGAAGCUUCCUGGCUUGUCUGAAGAUGUGGAGGCAUGAGGCUGUUCGGAAGGUCAGGCACAACGCUGACCAAAAGGGUGAGUUUAACCAGUCCAUUUCCCUGAACACACAAAGAACAAAACAGAUAUCGUUCAGGGAUGAGACUGAUAAACCUUUGAAUAAAGACGGUAAAUGCCAACCUGAACUCCCCCCUAAUGUCCGUAAACCAAGCGUCAGCCCAAACAGAGUUACUGUGUCCAAUGAUACACCCAAAGUACAUGUCAUUGCAGAUUACAUAAUUAAGUAUCCAGAGAUCAGAUCUGAAGAGGAACGGGAAAAGUACAAGGCUGUUUUCAAUGACCAGUACCUGGAGUACAAGGACCUUCACAGAGACAUCAUUAUAACCCUCAAUAAGUUCAGAGAGCUGGAUACUAUGGUGAAUCAACUUCCCAGAAAAGGGAAGAGCUUGGAGGAUCAAAGGAGGAUUCAAACUAUUUUAAAAACAUACCAAGACAAAAAAAACGAUCCUGCUUUCCUGGAGAAGAAGGAACGCUGUGACUACCUAAAAGCUAAAUUACGGCAUAUUAAAAACAGAAUCCUGGUUUAUGACCAGGAGACCGUAGCCAAUCAUCGGACAUGACUGGGACUACCAAAUGUUGUCAUUUAUUAUGUUGUUUGGCGUCUUAUUAUUGUGUACACUAGAUAUGUUAUGCGAAAGGUUUUUCACUCCAAAGAACAUGAU